UACCGGUUUCCCAGCCGAUCUCUAGGCGUCAUCGGCCCUUUCAGGUCCGAGCAUAUCACACCACCAAUGCGGUCUAUGGGCGAGUGUGCACCAUUGUCCUUCUGCGGUUGCCUCCCUUUGCUCUGUUUGCAUCCUGCGCAAGUCAGGCAGUUCACGCGCUUGUGA